UAAAUAUCAGCAUACCAAACCAAACACCCUAUUCUCUCUCACACCCACCGCAUUACUCAGAUCCAUACGUCUCUGUAGAUUCAUUUUUUCUUCUGCAGAGGGAGAAACCAACAAAUCCUCGCUCUUCUUCUUCAUCCAUGGCGAACCAAUCUGAAUCAUCUGAUCCGAAGGGAACGAAGAGGGAUUUCAGCACUGCGAUUCUUGAGCGGAAGAAGGCGCCGAAUCGGCUUGUUGUUGACGAGGCCGUCAACGAUGACAACUCCGUCGUCGCGCUUCAGGGAAAGAAAAGGAAAGACACAAUCUGUAUUGCACUUGCUGAUGACACAUGUGAGGAACCAAAAAUAAGGAUGAACAAGGUUGUGAGAAACAACCUUAGGGUUAGGCUUGGAGAUGUCGUCUCUGUGCAUCAAUGUGCUGAUGUCAAGUAUGGAAAGAGAGUCCACAUUCUUCCCGUUGACGACACUGUUGAAGGAGUAACAGGGAAUCUCUUUGAUGCAUACUUAAAACCUUAUUUCCUGGAGGCAUAUCGUCCAGUGAGGAAGGGUGACCUCUUUCUCGUGAGAGGAGGGAUGAGAAGUGUGGAGUUCAAGGUUAUUGAAACUGACCCAUCUGAGUACUGUGUUGUUGCUCCAGACACAGAGAUCUUCUGUGAAGGGGAACCCGUUAAAAGGGAAGAUGAGAACAGAUUAGAUGAGGUUGGUUAUGAUGAUGUUGGUGGUGUAAGAAAGCAGAUGGCACAGAUUCGGGAACUAGUGGAGCUGCCACUGAGGCACCCACAAUUGUUCAAGUCUAUUGGUGUUAAGCCACCAAAAGGAAUUCUGCUGUAUGGACCUCCUGGGUCUGGCAAGACUUUAAUUGCCCGAGCAGUUGCGAAUGAGACUGGUGCUUUCUUUUUCUGCAUCAAUGGCCCUGAGAUCAUGUCAAAACUGGCUGGUGAGAGUGAAAGCAAUCUAAGAAAGGCAUUUGAGGAAGCAGAGAAGAAUGCACCUUCAAUCAUAUUCAUUGAUGAGAUAGAUUCAAUAGCUCCAAAGAGGGAGAAGACUCAUGGAGAAGUUGAGAGGAGGAUUGUUUCCCAACUCUUGACCCUCAUGGAUGGCCUUAAAUCUCGUGCACAUGUAAUUGUUAUUGGAGCUACAAAUCGCCCGAAUAGCAUUGACCCUGCUCUUAGGAGGUUUGGAAGAUUUGAUAGGGAGAUAGAUAUUGGUGUUCCAGAUGAAGUUGGGCGUCUUGAAGUUCUUCGUAUUCACACAAAGAAUAUGAAGCUUUCCGAAGAUGUUGAUUUGGAGAAGAUUGCUAAGGACACCCAUGGAUAUGUUGGUGCUGAUCUUGCUGCUUUGUGUACUGAAGCUGCACUUCAAUGCAUCAGAGAGAAAAUGGAUGUGAUUGACUUGGAAGAUGAAUCAAUUGAUGCUGAGAUAUUGAACUCAAUGGCAGUAACAAAUGAGCACUUCUCAACUGCUCUUGGCUCAAGCAAUCCUUCUGCUCUCCGUGAAACAGUUGUUGAAGUGCCCAAUGUCAGCUGGGAAGAUAUUGGUGGUCUUGAAAACGUUAAGAGAGAACUCCAAGAGACUGUUCAAUAUCCAGUGGAACACCCUGAAAAGUUUGAGAAGUUUGGAAUGUCACCUUCAAAGGGUGUCCUUUUCUAUGGUCCUCCUGGUUGUGGUAAAACGCUUUUGGCAAAGGCAAUUGCCAACGAAUGUCAGGCAAACUUCAUCAGUGUCAAGGGUCCAGAGCUACUCACAAUGUGGUUUGGAGAAAGUGAGGCUAAUGUGAGGGAAAUUUUUGACAAGGCUCGUGGUUCUGCUCCAUGUGUCCUAUUCUUUGAUGAACUUGACUCUAUUGCAACUCAGAGAGGUAGCAGUGUUGGGGAUGCUGGUGGUGCUGCUGAUAGGGUUUUGAAUCAACUUCUUACUGAAAUGGAUGGGAUGUCAGCAAAGAAAACUGUCUUCAUAAUUGGUGCCACCAAUCGACCAGACAUCAUAGACCCUGCUCUUCUACGUCCUGGCCGUCUAGAUCAGUUGAUUUAUAUCCCUCUCCCAGAUGAGGAUUCACGUCAUCAGAUAUUUAAAGCUUGCUUGAGAAAAUCCCCCAUCUCAAAAGAUGUUGACCUUAGAGCUCUUGCGAAGUACACUCAAGGUUUUAGUGGUGCUGAUAUCACUGAGAUUUGCCAGCGUGCAUGCAAGUAUGCCAUAAGAGAAAAUAUUGAGAAGGACAUUGAGAGAGAAAGGAGGAGAAGGGACAACCCAGAGGCAAUGGAAGAGGAUGUUGAAGACGAAGUGGCAGAAAUCAAGGCAGCUCAUUUUGAGGAGUCUAUGAAGUAUGCACGAAGGAGUGUUAGCGAUGCCGACAUUCGCAAGUACCAGGCAUUUGCCCAAACAUUGCAGCAGUCAAGAGGUUUUGGAACCGAGUUUCGGUUCGCAGAUACUACCUCUGGUGGUACCGCAGCGGCAUCCGAUCCAUUUGCAUCUGCUGGGGGAGCUGAUGAAGAUGAUCUUUACAGUUAAGUUAGGUUUAUUUGGUUUGUUUCAAUUUACUAAUGAAUACCAGUGCUAUCAUUUAUGGUGGACUUCAUCUGGAUUAUUGUGUCAUGUCAUGGUAAAAAGGCAUUGGUUCAUAUGGCCGGCAUUUUUUUUGUGCGGAGCCCCCUUAAAAAUUGGAAGGGAUUAGUACGAAGUUUAUUCUGCAACUCCGUAUCUUUUGAAACUAUUGUGCUCUGUUCUAAAUUAUCAAAACACCUUAUAUGAAGACGGUUUCACAGAUUUACACCUCA